AAUUUAUCAUUAACUAUCUUGCAGGCUUGAGAAGAGUGAUCAAUUACUAACAUUGCAACGAUUAGCAUUAGUAAAAGUUUAUUUCUAAAAGUUAUCUUUUUUGCAUAAUCAUCGAUUAAAUAUUACUGUAUAAAUGGCGUUAUCUUUAUGUAAAACCAAAGACUUGUUUUCAAGUCGCGAAGGCUUAAAUCUCGAUAAAUUUUCAUUUAAUUAUAAACAAGACAGUCAAUUUUCCGUAUUUCGUGAUUAUCUUGGACUUAUAAGACUGAUACUACCUGAAAAUCGCAUAGAAAUGUCUAAAUUGCAUUCGCCUACAGAAUCUGUGGAUAAUGUUGAUUUUUUUUUUAAUUAUCCAAAUAUUAUAUCCUCAAACAGGCAUCGAAUUGAUAGUUUAGAUUCAGAUGAGACGAGUGAGAGUUCUUCUAGCGAAGGUCGAGGUGAUAAUGAAGUAAUAUAUGAAAACCUAAGCUCUUCUGAAGAGUACUCUCCCUACCGGCAAAGUAAAGUCAAUUCAAUUCAUAGUAAUGUUUUGGCACAAACAUACGCACAAACAUUAGAGUCUCUUAUUGCUAACCAAAGUGUAGUUAGUCAACAAAUACAUAAUCAUGUUCAACAACAAAUUCAAAGCAAAGCUUUGAAAAAUCUUAGCAAGACAUCGGUUUGUGUUUUUUGUCGAAAUAAUGGUGAGUCCAGAGAAUUUUACAGCUCGCACACUUUAAAAGAUAACGAAGGAAAUACUAUGUGCCCAAUACUUAGAGCCUACACAUGCCCACUCUGCAAGUCACAUGGUAACCAAUCACAUACAAUUAAAUAUUGUCCUAAAUAUACUCCAAAACCGAAAACAGAUAAAUUAUUAGAUAUCAGCAUGCCUUUACUUUAGCUUACGAUGAAUUUUUAUUUGAUAUUUAAAAAUGAAAGAAAUUUAAUUUUGUUUAGUGAGGUAUAACUAUUUUUUAUGUACAUAUCUAAGUUCUCUUGCGCGCAUUCUUGCUGCGCAAGAUUGUUUUGUUUUGCAUGCUCUAUUUUUUUAGGUGAGCUUUUAAAUUUUUACGUUCAUUUUUUCAUUGAUAGUUUUAAAUUAAUCCUUCAAAAUAUUUUCAUUAUUAUCCUAGUUAAAUUUUAAAGGCAGUUUUUUAAAUUAUACAGUCUCUUGAUUUUAUCUUAUUUUGUUUAUUCGUCUUAUUUAAUGUUUGUAUAUAACGACCGCAGAAAAUGCUUAGCGUUCCAUAGUUUAUUUAAAAUUCUUUGUCUCAUCUUACAGUAUGAUAAUAUUUUUCUUUAUUUGAACAACCUUCAUCAUAUAAGCUUUUCGUCGUAGGCUUUUUUAAAUUUAAAAACCGCCAAUUACUGGUAUCUGUAAAAAAAAAAAAACUACAGGUGUUACAUUAAAUCUGUUUACUAAGUAAUAUUUAAUCUAUGUGAAUGUUCCUUUAUGUUUUAAUAUUUUUAACAAUGUAAUCAAGUAGGACUAAAACUUUCUUAUUUUUUUCUUUUCAAUUUUAGUCCUAAUUUUAGAUAAAAUUUAAUCGCGAUUAUCAUUUUAUGAUUUGUACAUGCAAGAAUUUUGUGGUGUUAAGAAAACCUUCAUAUUUGUGUUUAUAUAUUUAAACGCUGUAAAUAGCGUGUCAAAGAUUCUGUAUUAGAUUUUACGCCAUAUUGUAUUUAGUUUUUAUUCGAAUAUAACGAAUGCAGAUUUUA